AUAUAUUCAAUUGUGAUGUUUAGUCUCGAAAGUGACACAGUUGGUGAAACGUCUGUGGAGAAAACAAAAUUCACUUUUUACCCUACUCUCGCGCAAAUGAUGUAUGUGUGCAUCGGGAAGGGCGGAUGCCGAACGAACCGCCGUCGCUCGCCCCAGUACGGAGACAUGGUACCUGUCUCACCAUCUAAAAUCAAACAGAAAAAAGGGAAAAAGACAGAAAUCUACAGUGCAAUGAAUGGAAAUUAUCAACCGCCAGAUUAUUCGCGAACAGCCUGCAACUUUCAAGAGGAUUUCGCCGCAAAUGUGAGCGUACUUUCGCUGGAUGUGAAUGAUAAUCAGAAAACUCAAGUGCCGCCAUCUCCAACAAAAGCUACUACUUUUCCUCGAAGGAAUCAUGCUAAAACACCACCACAAAAACCUCCCCGGGGUUUGCCACCGAAGCCCCCUCGCUUGAUGGAAAGAAAAAUUUUUACUUGCGAAAAUCCGUCGUGUCAAAGGCAGGAGGAACUGUUGGGAAUCGUCGCGUUGGAUUUCAAAUCUUGUCCGUCAUGUUUUACACACUAUUGCUGCAUCGAGUGUCGAAAGACACACUGGAACGAACAUCGCGUUGUGUGUCACUACGGACAAGUCGAUAGCCACAUGAAGUCGAUAAUAAACAUGAGUAACGAAAACCGUGAACUGCUUUAUCAUCUGACUGAAAUUGCACGAGAAGGAUUCAUUACUAAGGGACGCGGAGCUGUCAUGCUUGUAUUUCUCUCACCGAAAGCUGCGGAACUUUUCGUGAAAACUAGCGUCGAUUAUUUUCGUAAUCCUCGCAACUCGCCGACUUUUUCGUCGGCACAAGAACUUAAAGACGCCGGGGUUUAUUCAAAACAUCAAAAACAGCUUCUAAAUUUGGUAAAUGACUACCACCCGGCUCAAGAAAUGGUUCUUAAUAUUGCGAUCGUUGUAGGGAAAAACCUGCCCAAGACACCGAUACCUCGAAAUAAAGAACCUGCAGUUAUCGCCCAGGUUAAAAUUCCUUUCACAGGAAGAAAAACUUCUAGGACUUUCAGUCCUCAAAAUAGCCAAGAGUUUGACAUUUACACAUACAACGUCAGAAAUAGCCCAAGAAGGAAGUCUCUUUGAAAAUCGUAAACAAGAUUUGUGUUCGUUGUAGAUUUUUUUGUUUUACUCAGUUGCUGUAUGUCAUGUAAUGUGCCAUUUAUCUUUGUCAGUGAUGAAUAAAUCAUAUAUUUAUUCCGUUUA